CACACACACACACACACACACACACACACACACACAGAGUCCACGUCUCUGCAGAAAUACGUACAAACAAAUCUUUCCCUUUAACUUUUGCUCCUGGCCCUGCAUGCACGGUCACAUGACCCGAGCCCUCGCUACAGUAUCACAGUUUGUAAUUGGAGCAGAUUUUCAGAAAACUGUCCCUAAUACUUUAAAAGUGUCUCCUAUAAUCAGACCCACGUAUAAUCUAUUUUACACGACGACACGGUUAAGAAUCACUGAAAAGAUGCUCCACUGUCUUUUGCCCUUUCUGAAUCUACAGGACUUAAAGAAGAGUUUGGGUCCGUAAUAUUUCAAAUGUUUUUUGUUUGAUGUCAUUUCUAUCACUGAUAUUCUUGUUAUUCUGAAUCUUUUCCCACAAUCCCCGUGUUUGUUUGUUUGUUUGUUUGUUUGUUUGUUUUCCUCCUUACGUCGUUCCUUCCGCGUUGAUUUUGGGGGGAGAAAAAAAAGCGUGCCAUAUUUCAGGGGAUGGUUUUCUAUCAUCAUGAAAAAAAAUAAUAAAAUAAGGAAACAAGCUUUGCAUGAAAAACAAAUCUGUCAACUGUGUUCAUUUUCACACGUAAUGCACGUUUCCAACACUAGAGGGCAAUAAACGUUACCACAGGUUAGGAAAAAAAAGAACAGAAAUAAUUAAAUGUUUAUUUUUUUUAAACCUUUGUGACAGAAUGGGUUUUAUUUAAAUUGUAAAUGUAUUUAAUUCUUUGCAAGCAAGAAUAUUUCAAAUCAAAGUAAAAAGAGAAAUUUGUCUCUUGCAAACAAAGGACAUAAAUAACUCAGCCUGUCCUAAAACAAACAAACAGUGAGGACAUUACACCAGACUGAAGCUGAAGCAAUUCAUCGAUUUCUAGAUGAUUAAAACAAGAUUUCCGAUUGUUUAAGCUUCUUAAAUAAACAAUGUCCUACACCAGUAAACUCCCCGCGUCCUGGAAUGAUCGGCCUCCUCCUCGAAGAGUGGAAAUAGACCUGAGUUCUCCUGGUCUGGCUGUGGUGGAGCUGGAAAAGCUCCUGUUUACGGGCAAAGCCAUCAUCAGCCACGCGGAUGAAGUGUGGCCUCGGCUUUAUAUCGGUGACCAGCACAGUGCGGAGAACAAGGCCGACCUGUGCAGUCACCGCAUCACGCACGUCCUGAACGCGGCCCACAGUCAACGCCGAGGACAGACGCACGUGUACGACAACAUGACGAUCACAUACAUGGGCAUCGAGGCUCACGACUCCUGUAACUUUGACAUGAGCGUCAACUUCCAGGCAGCGGCAGACUUUAUCCACAGCGCUCUCAGGAGAGGAGGCUGUGUGCUGGUGCACUGUCACGUGGGAGUGAGCCGCUCGGCCACGCUGGUCCUCGCUUACUUGAUGCUGAAGCAGAACCUGAGCCUGGUGGAGGCCAUUUGUGCCGUGAAAGAGAACCGCGGCGUGAUCCCUAAUCGAGGAUUCCUCAGACAGCUGAUCAGACUCCACGUCCAGCUGUUUGGCAAACGCCAGUGAAACCUGGUCCACAACACAAUAAUGUCAUAAAUCAUCGUUUUCUUUCACUUCCCUGGAUGGUGUUUUUAAUUGUCAUGAACUUAAACGUGAAAACCAUUUAUAUUCAGUCCGUUUAAACGUGUUGAGUGGAUUAAAGUUUGAAUCCGA